AUGAUCGAGAACAUAAACGAUCUCGCCAUUCAAGGAGUGAAGUUGAUCGGGAUGAGUCCCACGAUCAAAAAAGUACUAAGUCAUCAGGAAAGUGCUAACCGAGAUUCUGAUGUACAAAUGCAAGCUGAUUCAAAGUUAGCUGAUUCGACAACCUCUGCAACAGUUGCGGCUUUACUCGAUAGCCAGGAAGAAAAAAUUCGUCAAAGAAGAGAACGUGUAGAACAGUGGAGAAAAGAAAGGGAGGCUGCUAAAAAAGCUGAGGAAGAAGCAAAGUUACAAGCAGUUUCAGCUGCAAAUCAAUCUUCUACCGCCGAAGAUCAAUCUCUACAAAAUUCAAAUAAAGGCUGGACUUUAGAUGACGACGAUGAAGAUGAAUCUAUGGAGGUAGAUGAAACUGUCAACAUACUACCUAUUCCAAAAUCCACUGAUAAAAUAGAGCCUCAAGUAUAUCAAGUUAGACGAAAUCCAUUACUUGGACUUGGUAAUAAAAAACAUAUAAUGAAUAAUAAGGGUAAAUCAAAAGAAGUAGUUGCCGAUGAAGAAGAUAAAUCUAUAUCUUAUAAAGGCUCAUAUAUUAAAGAUUCAGAUCAGAUGCAAGUUGACGACGGAGACGAAGAUCCUCUUGACGCUUUUAUGAAAGAUGUGGAGGUUGAGGUAGAACAAUUAAAUGAACAAGACAAAAAGCGUGCAAAACAAGCAGCAAAAGGGAAAAACAAAAUUGAAAGAUCUGAUAAAAUUAUGCAAGAUGAAGAGGACGUGGAUGAAGAAGAAGUUGGCAGUGAUCCUGAAGAUAUUUUAGCUUUAGCAGCUAAGAAGCUUAAAAAAAAAGAUUUGGCGGCGGUUGAUCAUUCACAAGUUAAAUAUGAGCCUUUCAGAAAGGAUUUUUAUAUUGAGCCUCCAGAAAUGCACGAAUUGACGCAUGACCAGGUAGACCUUCUUAGAGUGGAAUUGGGAGGAAUUAAAAUUAGAGGUAUUGAUUGUCCAAAACCUAUACAAAAAUGGACACACGCAGGUUUACCGGCUGCAUGUCUGCACAUAAUUAAAAAAUUAAAUUUCGAAAAACCCACACCCAUUCAAUCACAAGCAAUACCUGCUAUCAUGGCUGGUCGUGAUGUUAUCGGUGUUGCAAAGACUGGAAGUGGUAAAACUAUAGCAUUUCUUCUUCCAAUGUUUCGUCAUAUUAAAGAUCAGCGCUCUCUUGAUCAAAUGGAAGGACCUAUUGCUAUUAUUAUGACACCUACAAGAGAGCUUGCAGCUGUUUGUGCUUAUGGCGGAUCACCUAUUAAAGAUCAAAUUGCUGAAUUAAAACGUGGUGCUGAAAUAAUAGUUUGUACUCCCGGACGUAUGAUCGACUUAUUAUGUGCGAAUUCUGGUCGCGUUACUAAUUUAAAAAGAGUUACUUACCUUGUCAUGAAAAUCGUAAACAAUGUUAGACCUGACCGUCAGACGGUUUUAUUUUCUGCUACUUUUCCACGCCAGAUGGAGUCACUUGCACGAAAGGUUCUCAAAAGACCACUUGAAAUUACUGUAGGUGGACGUAGUGUGGUAGCACAAGACGUUAAUCAAAUAGUUGAAGUUCGGGAAGAUAAUACAAAAUUUGUUCGCUUACUUGAAAUAUUGGGUCAGCAAUAUAAUGACGAUCCUGAUGCUCGUACUCUAAUUUUCGUUGACCGCCAGGAAGCAGCAGAUAAUUUAUUGCGUGAUUUAAUACGCAAAGGCUACGCCUGCAUGUCUCUCCAUGGUGGCAAGGAUCAAUUGGACCGUGAUAGUACAAUAGCAGAUUUCAAAUCUGGGGUUUGCCAGCUGUUGAUAGCUACUUCUGUAGCUGCUAGAGGUCUUGACGUGAAGCAGUUGAAAUUGGUCAUUAAUUACGAAUGUCCAAAUCAUAUGGAAGAUUAUGUUCAUCGUGUUGGAAGAACUGGAAGAGCCGGUAAUAAAGGUACAGCAUAUACUUUUAUUACUCCAGAACAAGAUCGGUAUGCGAUGGACAUAGUUAAAGCGUUGAAAUUAAGUGGUGGUCAUGUUAGCCCGGAAUUACAAGCGCUUGCUGACGGAUUCCAAGAAAAGGUCAAGGCAGGAAAUGCCACAUAUUCUGGUUCAGGAUUUGGUGGUAAAGGUCUUGAAAGGUUGGAUGAGGCACGAGAUCUUGUUAAAAAAGCUCAAAGAAAGACAUAUGACGUUUCUGAUGAUGAAACUUCCGAAGAGGAAGCGGAGGAAGAGGAACAUUCUAUUCCACAAAUUAAGAAAGAGGAAAUUUUAACAGCUCCUGGUAUUUCUACUAUAACAUCUAAGAAUGCAGUUACUAUUCCACCUCCAGCUAUUAGUCAUUCUGCAGAUGCAAAUCCUGCAGCAAUUGCUGCACUUAAAGCUGCUCAAGAGGCUGCAGCCCGUGUAAACGCAAAGAAUGUCGGUGCAAGUGGUGUUCAAAGAGCGAAAGAUAUCAUUGCAGAUAUCAAUGCUCGCUUUAAAGAAAACUCCGUACAAGGCACAGCACCUGAAGCCGACAAAGCCGAAAAUGCUGCAGAAUAUUCUGUCGAAAUUGAAAUUAAUGAUUAUCCACAAAAGGCGAGAUGGAAAGUUACGAAUAAGGAACAAAUCUCGCAAAUUACAGAACUUACAGGAGCGGCUAUCACUACUCGUGGUACAUAUUUCGCUCCUGGCCGUCAACCAGCACCUGGUUCUGGCGAAAGAAAAUUAUAUUUAUUCGUUGAGGGUGAAAAUGAAUAUGUUGUCGAAAAGGCCAAGAACGAAAUAAAACGCAUUUUAACAGAAACCACGUUAAGUGCGAUUGAAGCCGAAGCUCGUAAUCCCGGAAGUACUUCAUUGGGUGGUUACGGCAAGUAUUCGGUUGUAUAA